AAGCAAAGACCUAAUCCUCUACAUCUAAUUUUCGUAUUCCCCUUUCCAUUUGCAGUAAUGCAUUGCUCAUUUCUCUACUUAUAGAGGAAGAGGAUCAUACAUCAGCUUGGCUCAAGGAUAACAAAGUGAGGAAAGAUAUCUGAAAAGAGAUGGCUGUCCCACAAGUUGACAAGAAAAUGCUUGGUGAACUUGAGGCUAUGGGAUUCCCAACUGCUCGUUCAGUUAGAGCACUCCAUUUUUCAGGUAAUUCCAAUCUCGAAUCUGCUGUAAACUGGCUUCUGGAACAUGAAAGUGACCCAGACAUUGAUCAGCUACCAUUGGUUCCAAGAGAAAUAAGCAUUGAAUGUGGUGACACAUCAAAUGAAGUAAGAAAUGACGUUCAAGAAACGAGGGAUACUGUGCUGGAGCAGAAACCUGAAGAACAGACUGAAACUGGAAGACAGAAUGAGACAUCCCAGUUGGAACGAGAACCAAAUGCAGAUGAACAGGAGGAACAAGAUACAAAGAGGAUAUUAGCACUAUACAAGCAAAAACGAGACGAGGAAGGAAGAGCAAGAGGGCGAAUACGAAAUCAAUUACAAGAGGAUCAGAGGGAGAGGAUUCGAGCUGCUAAAGAUCUUAUGGAAGCAAAGCGAACUCUCGAGGAAAAUCAAAGAAAGCGGAUGAUGGAAAGUCGGAUUGCAGAUCAAGAGGAGGAGAAAAGAGCAAGAGAGAGAAUACGACAGCGUAUAGCAGAUGAUAAGGCAGAAAGAAGGAGACGGCUUGGUUUGCCACUGGAAAGUCCUAGGGCUUCAGCUGCAGUCAUAACACCCACAAAGGUGAAACCUGUUGAACGUGUCGUCACAUCAGAACAACUGAGAGACCGCCUGCGAACUCUGAAGAAGAAUCACAAGGAUGACCCUGCUGCUGUCGCAAGAGCGUACCAAAUAUUGCUCAAGAUUGUUGCCAACAUAGUGAAGAACCCAGAAGAGGAAAAGUUCAGGAGGAUCCGGCUCAGCAACCCUGUUUUCAAGGACAGGGUGGGCAGCCUGCAAGGUGGCGUGGAGUUCCUGGAGCUGUGCGGGUUCCAGAGGCUCAGCGGCAUCGGCUACCUGGUGAUGCCGAGGGACAAGAUCGACAUGGCGCUCCUCAACGCUGCUGGGGUCGAGAUCGCGUCGGCCAUGGAGAACCCCUACUUCGGGCUGCUCUCCAAGUGACCGGAACGGAACGGAACGGACAUCAUGGCUGCUUCGUCUGCUUUCCUACUACUAGCCCAUGGACCAUGGUAUACUAAACUGGAACGGACUUCACUGUAACGGAUCGGCCCGUCACGGCUUGACCGGGAUCUGUCGUCCCUGUUUGCCGGUGACGUUGUACAGAGUAACCCCUGGCGAAAAUAGAAACGUGUUAGGUGGGCAUGCUGCAUGCAUGCGUGAAGUGAAAUGGACAAUAAUAUCUCAUUCAGGAUAAAACAAAAUACAGAGUGCUGCAUUUGGGUU